AAUCGCUCGAGUUCGGUGAAAAAUUGUCUGUAGUCCCGAAUUUUAAUAGUCGCGGCGCGUUUUUUCCCAAAAAAAUCAUCAUCAUUGUUAGAUAUAACAAACAGUACACAGAGAAGAAGAAAAGAAACAGUCUGUGCAUUAAGGUUCAAAAGCACAAAAGAGUUGAGUUCAGCAGCAUAAAUAUUGUUUAUAAAAAUAAUAAUAAUAAUAAUCCUCAGUGCUGAUAUGUUUAUAUAAAAAUAUAUAUGAAUGAGACAUUUAAAUGACAGCUGAAUGAUCGAGAAAAAAUAAAAAAUAAAAAUGAUGUAGAUUCAGUGAUGAUGCCGUACUAUAGUGCAACAAAAUAUCCAUUAAUAAGUGCAUUUGAAAUGUUGCGAAAGUGGAAAUUGAAAUAAAAUACAAAAUAAUAAUAUUUUAAGUAUCCUGUGUGCAAUAUUGGAUAUCCCAUUACUCAGUGAAUGAUAUAAACAGCAAAAAAAAAUAUACAAUCGCAGGAAUAUAAAAAUAAUAAUACAAAGCAGAAUAAGAAAAGAAAGAAAAAAAUUAUGAGCAUUGAUAAAAAUCUAUAUGAUGAAUGGUGUUGUUGAUAAAUUGUGUUCUAACAUUAGCAUUUGGAAUUUAAUUUGUUUUGGAUUUAUUUUACUCGUUCGUUAUGUUGUUUAUGUUGAUGGAAUUGCACAUGGAAAAAUUAUUGCGCCCCCAAGCUAUACAGCCUUAACGCACGAUCUCGAUGUGGAAAUUCAAACAUCAGAAAUAUUACCAUUAGAAUUUCUCAAUUUAAAACUUUCCUAUUUGGGAGAGCCAGCCUUUCAUAAUAUUCAUCACAUAAACUUUUACACAGACGAGCAAACAAAUUCAACGAAAAUUAAAGUGCCAUGUUCUCUAUUCACACGAGCCGGUCCAUAUACAUUGCAUGUGGAGGGCAAUGCAAUCAAUACAACAUUGUCAAUAGACGGUAAUCAUCUAUUGGAACAUAAGCUCGAUGUACGAUGGCCAAAUCCGAGACUAAGUGUAACACAUGAUAAUAUUGAAACAUACGAUCAAUCAGUUAGUGCUGUGAUUGAAUUCCUCGAUGUUGAAUGUCCAAUUGAUACAACAUCAUUCGAUGAGGUGCCAUCAUUUCAACUCGAAUUGAUUUAUUGUGGAUUGUAUGAUGUUGUUUGCGACUCACAUACGGUUCCAUCAAAUUCAACAUUUUUCAUACAAUUAGUGCAUGGAAUACAAAAGAAUAUUGUGGUGCCAUUAAGUUGUGAAUAUUUUGGAUUGGCAGGAAAUUAUGUGCUCCAUUUGAGGCCUCUGCUACCCCUCAAUUCAUCAUUGUCUGCGAAAGCAUAUAUUAAGGUUGACUGGAGUAAGCAAUAUAUCCUUAACAUUAUGGAUAUAAAGAGUACAUAUGAUUGUGCUGAUGCAGGCAUUCGUGUAGUUGUCAAAUAUCCAGCAUGUAUUAUGGACAAUGAUCGUGUUAGAUUGUACGGAAAAUUGUCAGCUGAUGUUCAUUCUAUUGCACGACCAACGAGCCUGGUUUAUGUAAAUGAGAGAAAAAUUGAGAGAGGCCAGCACAAUGUUUACUUCAACUGUGAGCUAUUUAAUGAGCGAUUUAUCGAAUACUGUUUUGUUUAUGUGACGGAAGCAAAAUCCGGUGCCGUUGCUGAUAUUCGAUCUGAUUGUGUACCUACGUCUCCGGUUUAUGGUCCAAUUGAUGGAAAAUGGGGACGUUGGAGUAAUUGGAGUGAAUGUUCGGCGAAAUAUGCUCGAGGCAUCCAGACUCGAUAUCGUAUUUGCGAUUCACCAACACCAAAAUAUAAUGGAAAAUAUUGUGAGGGUCCAACAACAGAACAACGUCCAUGCAGUGGAAGUAUCUCCAACAUCUGGGAAUACUUUUUUGGCACAAAGUCAUUCGGCACGAUCAACAGUACUGAAAUAAUGGAUGAGGUCGGUCCGAGUUGUCAGUGUGGAUGUAUAAUUCAUUUAUUAAAAUCAAAGCCAAGAAGAUUGCUGGCAACGUCAACACAAAGCUGUCCCGGCAUGGAAAAUGCUGUAUGGACAAUUCAAGUUGAGGAAGGUCAUCAGAUUCAAUUCAAUCUCGAUUACUUUGUUCUUCCAUGCCCAACGCAAGGCAUUAAAGUACGAGAUGGAAAGGACGUUUGGAUGUCAGAAUUAAUCGGUGAAUAUACGGGUCGUGGUGUACGAUAUAAUGGCAAUGUUGCGUCAACAGGCGAAUAUCUGCUGAUAGACUUUCACCUUAACGAUUCACAGAUCGUUAAUAAUGCCUGUUAUGCUGGUUUUAUCGGGCAUGUUGAGAUUAUAGACCAAAUAAACGUAACGCUACCAAGUGUAGCAGAAUCAUCAAUAAUGGGAUUGUUAAUAAAGGAUCAUCGUGCAAUAACAAAAUUUAACUUUACACAUCUUAUUGUAUUUCUAUUUUGUGGUAUAAUUCUACUAAUUAGUGUUUUCUUGGGUGCUCAAUACAUCUUCCGAUAUCACCGAUAUCAAUUGGCAAAGAGUAAAGAAGAGUCUGAUUCGCCGCUCAACACGCCACAUGGCUCAACAAUAUCAAUAACACGAAAUCCUCAAGAUGGGAAUAUGCGUGCUAUAUCGACAUCUACACUAAUGUCGGAAGUUGUUACGCUUGUCAAAUUAAAGCCGAAAACAUCAUCGACAAUCAGACAUAAGAAGUUACGUGAAAGUGUCGUGAGUCAGGAUUUUGAGAAGGAUCAAUUGAAUGAUUCUGAUUCAAUUGGAAAUUAUUCAAACAAUGGAAGUACAAACACGAUUACGAACGAUGUUAAGGAUGAAGACCUGACACCAAUUUUGUUAAAGAAGAAGUCAAAUAGCGCUCCAGAGUCAGAUACAUCAAGCAACAGCAUCUUCGAGCAAGCAACACCUGUACCAAAGAAGAAACUGAGUCUUGAUGGAAGUCUUAUGAAACGUGAUAUAUCAAGCAAUACGGUGAAGGAGCUGCUGAAAGAAAAAUGUGAACAGAUGCAGGAAAAAGACCUGGAUGAGGCGUCGAGUUAUUGCUCGAGCAUCGAUAGGACAAAGACAGCAUCACCUGCAGCCACGUUAACAAGUGGAAACUACUCUCCAGCACUUAGUUUAACAAGUACAGCGAGAAUUCGAUUAAAUAGUCAGAAAGAGAGUAAGGAGAAGAAGAAUCGCUUAAAAUUAAUGACAAAUCCGGGAUCACAAUACUCAAUAUCGACACAAGAGGAAAUGGAAAUGGAUUAUUAUGACUACAAUGUUGUAAAUGCAAGUGCAGCACCUGGCUCAUACCUAGGAAUGGAUCCAGCAUUUCUUGUGUGGAUUCCACCUAUCGACGAGAAUAAUGGCAUCAUUAGCGACUUAGAGAACGAUGGAGAUGAAAUCCUUCCAAGACACUCAGACAUUGAUCCGGGAAGUAAUAAAGAAAGUCCGGACGAAGCACCAGCAAAAAUUCCAAUUAAGCCACCGAGAAAAAGUCUCAUUUCUCCAUCGAGUGGUGAUUCAACUCCACUUACGUCGUCAUCGAACGGUAGUGCUAGUAACAUUAACAUAAAUCCAAAGGAGAUUCUCAAAAAAAUUAAUUUUCUACAAAAGACUGCAGCCGUCGUUGCAAGCGUAUCGAAUGAAAAUUUACAGCAUAAAUCACCAACAAAGCACUUUGAUGUGAAAAGAAUAUCCAUUGUAGAGAAAGAAACGAGUGUGAUGAAGUCACCGAGUGAUAAUAGAAUAUGCGAAUACUAUGAACUAUCGGAUAUCAAGUUUGCUGACGACGAUAUGGAUGACACGGAUGUUGUUGAAGAUACUGCAUUUGAGAUGAGAAGUUAAUUUAUGUUAAAUUUUUCAUUUUCACAUGUUAUGUGAUAAUUGAUGAAAUAAAUUAGAGUUGGAAACUCCUGUCGUUUUGUGGUUGAUGGUAUUAAGUUGGUGUCUUGUUUUGUUGACGUGGAUUGAAGAUUAAUAAAGAAUGAAUGAGCCAAUGAGAAAAUUUAGAGUGAAAAUGGGAGAAUUGAGAGCAGAAUGAGAGAAUUGAGAGUGAAAAAUGAGAGAAUUGAGAGUGAAAAAUGAGAGAACUGGGAGUGAAAAUGAGAGCAAAAUGAGAGAAUUGAGAUUAAAAAUGGGAAAAUUGAGAGUAAAAGUGUGAGAAUUGAGAGCAAAAUGAGAGAACUGAGAGUGAAAAUCAGAGAAUUGAGAGUAAAAAUGAGAGAAUUGUGAGUGUAAAUGAGAGAAUUGAGAGUGAAAAUGAGAGAAUUGAGAGUGAAAAUGAGAGCAAAAUGAGAGAAUUGAGUUUAAAAAGGGGACGAUUGAGAGCGAAAUGAGAGAAUUGAGUUUAAAAAUGGGACGAUUGAGAGCGAAAUGAGAGAAUUGAGAUUAAAAAUGGGAAAAUUGAGAGCAAAAAGAGAGAAUUGAGAAAAAUGAGUAAAAUUCUGAAUUUAUUUAAAAUAAUUUGUUAAAUUUUUAUAAAAAAAAAGUUCCUGUUCUGGUGCAAAAAGUUUCCAACUCUAAUUAAGCAAAAAAAUCAAAUAAACCAGAUUCUAGUCAUGAAACAUAAAAAGGAUUGAAACGUGGCUAAUUCCACGCUCCAACCUCUUUGGCUUUACCGAGCAAGAAAAUCUCAAUUAAAAUUAUGUACCUUGAAUGAAUAAUGAAAAAUUUCUCCAAAAAUAAUUUUAUUCGCACUCACUCAAUUUGUAAGUAAAAAAAUGGUUAUUUUCUAGAUAAAAAUUUGUAGUGUAAUUAAUUAAAUGUAAAUGAGAAAGAUAAAAAAGAUAAUUAAAUGUAAGAAAUGAAGAAAAUAUGUCGC